UGCAUCAGAUUCUGGGAAGCUGUGGGCGCCGCCGCGAGUGUGGGAACCCAGCGAUGGCAGCUUCCUCCGCGGAGCCCGCUCUCGACUACAGGUCCAUCCUGAGCAUUAGCGAUGAGGCCGCCAGGGUGCGGGCCCUGGACAAGCACCUCAGCACACGUAGCUACGUCCGCGGCUUCUCCCUGUCACAGGCGGACGUGGACGCCUUCCGGCAGCUGUCGGGCCCUCCCGCCGACACGCAGCUCUUCCACGUGGCUCGCUGGUUCAGGCACGUGGCCGCGAUCCUGGACGGCCCCCAGGCCCCAGCCCCGCCCUGUGGGCUCCAAGCAGGCAAAGGCCGGCGCACACAGCCCCCAUGGUCUCCUCCAGCUGGGUCCAAGCCGUGCCAGCUGCGCCUGUACAACAGCCUGACCCGGAGGAAGGACGUGUUUGUGCCUCAAGACGGGAGGAGGGUGACAUGGUACUGCUGCGGGCCCACCGUCUACGACGCCUCCCACAUGGGACACGCCAGGUCCUAUAUCUCCUUCGACAUCCUGAGGAGAGUGCUCAGGGAUUACUUCAAGUUUGACGUCUUUUACUGCAUGAACAUCACGGACAUUGACGAUAAGAUCAUCAGGAGGGCCCGGCAGAACUACCUGUUUGAGCGGUACCGGGAGAAGCAGCCCCAGUCAGCGCAGCUUCUGGAGGACGUGCGCGUCGCCCUGCAGCCAUUCUCCAUGAAGCUGCAGGAGACCGCGGACCCCGACAGGAGGCAGAUGCUGGAGCGCCUGGAACGCGCGGUGCGGCUGGCCGCCGAGCCACUGGACGAGGCCGUGCGUGCCGGCCUGCCCGCGGAGGAGCUGGAGCAACGCGCGCAGGUGUUGCUGGAAGAAGCAAAGGACUUGCUUUCUGACUGGCUGGACUGCAUGCACAGCAGUGAAGUGAGCGACAAUUCUAUUUUCUCCGAACUGCCCAAGUUCUGGGAAGCAGAGUUCCACAAAGACAUGGAAGCCCUGAACGUCCUCCCUCCAGACGUCCUCACCCGGGUUAGUGAGUAUGUGCCGGAGAUCGUGAACUUUGUCCAGAAGAUCGUGGACAACGGUUACGGCUACGCUUCAAACGGUUCCAUCUACUUCGACACAGUGAAGUUUGCCAACAGUGAGGGACACUGCUACGGGAAGCUGGUGCCCGAGGCCGUCGGGGACCAGAAGGCCCUGCAGGAGGGGGAAGGUGACCUGAGCGUCUUGGCCGAGCGCCUGAGUGAGAAGCGGUCCCCCAACGACUUCGCCCUCUGGAAGGCCUCCAAGCCCGGGGAGCCAUCCUGGCCGUGCCCCUGGGGAAAGGGGCGUCCGGGGUGGCACAUCGAGUGCUCGGCCAUGGCGGGCACCCUCCUAGGAGCCUCGAUGGACAUUCACGGAGGGGGCUUCGACCUGCGCUUCCCCCACCACGACAACGAGCUGGCACAGUCAGAGGCCUACUUUGGAAACGAUUGCUGGGUUAGGUACUUCCUGCACACAGGCCAUCUGACCAUCGCCGGCUGCAAGAUGUCCAAGUCGCUCAAGAACUUCAUCACCAUUAAAGACGCCCUGAAGAAGCACUCAGCCCGGCAGCUGCGCCUGGCCUUCCUCAUGCACUCGUGGAAGGACACGCUGGACUACUCGGCCAACACCAUGGAGUCAGCAUUGCAGUACGAGAGGCUCCUGAACGAGUUUUUCUUAAAUGUGAAAGACCUCCUCCGAGCCCCUGUCGAAGUCACCGGUCAGUUCGAGAAGUGGGAAGACGAGGAAAUAGAGCUGAACAAGAGCUUUUACGACAAGAAGGCGGCAGUACACGAAGCGCUCUGUGAUAACGUGGACACGCGCACCGUGCUGGAGGAGAUGCGGGCUCUGGUCGGCCAGUGCAACCUCUACAUGGCCGCACGGAAGGCCACGAGGAGGAGGCCCAGCCGGGCCCUACUGGGGAGCAUCGCCCGCUACCUCACCCACAUGCUGAAGAUCUUCGGGGCCAUAGAGGAGGAAAGCUCCCUGGGUUUCCCCAUCGGAGGAGCUGGAACCAGCCUCAAUCUCGAGUCCACGGUCAUGCCGUACCUGCAGGCGCUGUCGGAGUUCCGGGAAGGAGUGCGAAGGAUCGCCCGCGAGCACAAAGUCCCCGAGGUCCUGCAGCUCAGUGACGCCCUGCGGGAUGACGUCCUGCCCGAGCUGGGAGUGCGGUUUGAAGACCACGAAGGACUGCCCACUGUGGUCAAGUUGGUGGACCGAGAAACCUUGCUGAGAGAGAGAGAAGAAAAGAGAAGGGUUGAAGAAGAGAAGAGAAGGAAGAAAGAGGAGGCUGCGAGGAAGAGACAAGAACAGGAAGCGGCAAAGCUGGCCAAGAUGAAGAUUCCACCCAGCGAGAUGUUCUUGGCAGAAAGUGACAAAUAUUCCAAGUUCGAUGAAGAUGGUCUGCCCACACACGACGCAGAAGGAAAAGAGCUGAGCAAAGGGCAGGCCAAGAAGGUGAAGAAGCUCUUCGAGGCACAGGAAAAGCUGCACAAGGAGUAUCUGCAGUCGGUCCAGAACGGAAGCGUCCCGUGAUGGCGGGCCCAGACUCCCUCCCGCCCGACGGGACUGUGCCCGCACCACACGCCUGUUUACAGGGGUCCUUGGGGCCUAGGUCAAGGAUCCUGUCUGGAGAGGUCCAGGCCACCGUCAGCUCUGAAACGUCAGUAAUAAAAUCUUCCAA